AUGUGUAUCAAGGUGCAAAGAAAGUAUUCCUGCAGAAAGUGCUACCUUCACCUCAAGGAUGAGUGGGACGACGUUCCCUGUGCUAAGGCGAGGGAGAAGGGUGGUGCCAUCGGUGCUUGCGGGAACCCGGCGUCAGUCUAG